GGUUUGAGCCUCUCGCUAACCAAAUCUCCUCUCCACAACUCUCUCUCUCUCUCUCUCUCUCUCUCUCUCUCACUUUCAAAAACUCUCAUGGAGUCCAACAACAGCAAAAACACCGAGACCAUCAAAUUCCUCUGCAGUUAUGGCGGGAAAAUCCUCCCUCGCUAUACCGACGGCACGCUCCGCUACGCCGGCGGCCUUACACGUGUCCUCGCCGUCGAUCGCUCUAUUUCUUUCACAGAGUUGAUGGUGAAGCUCGGAGAGUUCUGUGGCUCAUCGGUGAAUCUCCGGUGUCAAUUGCCGACCGGAGAUUUGGAAACCCUAAUUUCGAUCACUUCCGACGAGGACUUGGCGAAUGUUAUCGAAGAGUACGAUCGCGCUUCUUCUUUGUCGAUGAACAACCGUCCUUUGAAGAUCAGAGACGUGCUCUCGCCGCCGAAAUCUCUCAAACAAAUCUCUCCUCCUCAAACUCCCCCCGAAUCCUUGAGAAACUCUCCCUCCUACCGAUUCGCUCCCCGGACUUACUCGCCGCCGGCCGGUUACUCAAUCGGCGCGCGGAAUUGCUACCGGAAAAGCUACCCGUAUAGCCGCCAAGUUCAGGAGUAUCCUAGGUUUUCGAAGAUUUACACACAUUGACUGAUAGGAUCUUCUUAUACAACACAGACUUCGCAAAGCUUGGUUCAACUUGUUUAACCGACUCUACACUUGCACACAGAGACAGAGACUACGUACACAAGUGGGACUUCCAUGUGAUUAGAAAUGCACAACUCCAUUUAUCAUCGAUGGUGGCACUGCGAACGAAAUAUUCUAUCACAGUCAAAGAUGAAUUGGACGCUGAAUCUCAAAUUCUUUAAUAUAGACCACUUUCACUUGGCCGUUGAAUUGUUAAUAGAUUCCCAAACAUAAUUUAGGCGUGUUUUAAUUAGGGGUGUUUUAAAAUCGAUCGUGCUCGUAUACGCGAGAACGUAACAAUAACGUCAAUAAUUAUAGAAAUAGUUGCAAGUUGUAGCCCACGCUACUACCAAGCUUGUUGUUAGGCUUAAAAGCAAUUUUUGUUGUAAUAAGCGAGAAGCACCUAUAAAAAUAAAAAUAAAAAGUUACAAGUUGCACGUCAGUUUAUAAGGUCUAAGUAAAUUUUGUAAUAUACCUCAUAUUGCAAAUUAUACUCCACUAAGUUUUGUUUUAAUGAGUUUAUUUUUU